CGUCUCAGCCAAUAGCUGCCGACGAUUUCAGUACGAAACUGAUCCAAUAGAAGGCAACAGCACGUCCAAUCAGAACGCAGCUUUGGCAGCAGAGAGUUCGCCUACAGCGACGGUCGGACGUGUAACUCAUAUAGAGUUGAAGAAAUACCAGGCGAAAAAUAAAAGGCAGGGGUGUGUAUAUGUGUGUGAGAGAGGGGGUAGGCUGCAUCAGGAGCAGCUAUGGGUGAGAUCGAGGGCACCUACCGCUCCUUGCAGACCCCUGCAGGGACACGGCUCGGAGCUCAGUAUAACACCGGCAUCAGCACCCUGGAGCCCGGGCAGAGCCUCAGUGCGGCUAUGGGAGCAGGAGGGAAAGGCCACAACAAGGGCCUUCAGAUCCGUGUGCAGGGCCUGGAUGAUGCUCAGGAGUUCUAUGAGCUUGAGUCAAGAGCGGAUGGGCAAUCUCUUUUCUCUGAGGUGUUCAGACGGAUCAAUCUCAUUGAGAGCGAUUAUUUUGGUCUGGAGUUCCAGAACCUGCAGAUGAACUGGGUUUGGCUGGAGCCCACCAAGCUCAUAAUGAAACAAGUGAGACGGCCGAUGAACACACUCUUUCGGCUGUCAGUGAAGUUCUUUCCUCCAGAUCCUGGUCAGCUUCAGGAGGAGUUUACUAGGUACUUGUUUUCUCUGCAAAUCAAGAGGGAUCUAAUGGAUGGUCGACUGAACUGUACAGAAAACACUGCUGCCCUGCUUGCCUCUCAUUUGGUGCAAUCUGAGAUCGGUGACUAUGAUGACAUAGCAGACAGGGAGUUUCUGAAGAUGAAUAAAUUGCUGCCAUAUCAGGAACGUGUGCAAGAAAAGAUCAUGGAGCUCCACCGCAGACACACGGGGCAGACCCCAGCAGAAUCAGAUUUCCAGGUUCUGGAGAUUGCUCGUAAACUGGAGAUGUAUGGGGUUCGCUUUCAUCCCGCUGCUGACCGAGAAGGCACCAAGAUCAACCUGGCUGUAGCACACAUGGGCCUGCAGGUCUUUCAGGGCCACACCAAAAUUAACACCUUCAACUGGUCCAAGAUUCGGAAGCUGAGCUUCAAGAGGAAACGAUUUCUAAUUAAACUGCACCCAGAAGUUCAUGGUCCUCAUCAGGAUACGCUGGAAUUUCUAAUGGGCAGUCGAGAUCAGUGUAAGAUCUUCUGGAAGAACUGUGUGGAACAUCACUCAUUUUUCCGUCUGUUAGACCAGCCUCAGCCCAAGUCCAAAGCCAUCUUCUUCAGCAGAGGAUCCUCCUUCAGAUACAGUGGGAGGACGCAGAAACAGCUUGUUGAGUAUGUAAGGGACAGCGGGUUGAGAAGAACCCCUUACCAGAGGAGGAACAGUAAGAUUCGCAUGUCGACACGUUCCUUGGCUUCUGAUGUGCUCAAACAGAACCUGUCUUUUAACGACAGUCUAAGGGCUCCCGUGUCUCCUUCCUCUGUCACCGCCUCUUUCCACUCCCUGCAUGCCCCCAGCUCACCUAUGCGGACAGAGCCCGCGAACCAGCCUCUGAAUCUUCAACAGACGCAGCAGCCUCCAAGAGCCCCCAGCCCAACGCAGCAGGACUCCAUCAAGAACUCCCAAUCCACCUACGCCUUCCCAGACUCACUGACAGCCAUUGACAGCCCACAGCUGUCUCCCUUCAAUGCCAAGGGUGCUCUGUGUCUGUCGCCCUCCUUCCAGAUGUCAACCCUCAGUCUUCCCGGCCAGGCACCCUCACCCCUGCAGAGUCCCAUCUUGAAUGAGGUGGGCAGUGCCAGACUAGAGGAAGACGAAGAGGGCAGGAGGAAGAGAUAUCCCACUGACAAAGCCUACUUCAUUGCUAAAGAGAUUCUGACAACAGAGCGGACUUACCUGAAGGAUCUGGAGGUCAUCACAGUGUGGUUCCGCAGUGCAGUGAUUAAAGAAAAUGCCAUGCCUGAGGGUCUCAUGACCCUACUGUUCUCCAACAUCGACCCCAUAUAUGAGUUCCACAGAGGCUUUCUCAAAGAAAUUGACCAAAGACUGGCUCUCUGGGAGGGGCGCUCUAACGCUCAUGUAAAAGGAGAUUACCAACGAAUUGGAGAUGUAAUGCUGCGCAACAUGUGUGCUCUGAAGGAGUUCACAGGCUACCUGCAGAAGCAUGAUGAGGUGUUAACAGAGCUUGAGAAAGCCACAAAGCGUGUAAAGAAGUUGGAGACAGUGUAUAAGGAGUUUGAGCUACAGAAGGUGUGCUACCUACCACUCAACACCUUCCUGCUGAAGCCCAUCCAGAGACUCAUGCACUACAAACUCAUCCUGGAGCGUCUGUGUAAACAUUACGCCCCACAACACAGAGACUAUGAAGACUGCAAAGAGGCCUUAAAAGAAGUUGCAGAGAUUGCUGCUCAGCUGCAGAGCAGUCUGAUUCGACUGGAGAACUUUCAGAAGCUGACAGAACUUCAGAGGGAUCUGAUUGGCAUUGAGAACCUUACAGCUCCAGGAAGAGAAUUCGUCAGGGAAGGUUGUCUUUAUAAGCUCACCAAGAAGGGUUUGCAGCAGAGGAUGUUUUUUCUUUUUUCAGACAUGCUGCUGUACACAAGCAAAGGGGUGACUGCAACCAAUCAGUUCAAAGUUCAUGGACAGCUUCCUCUACAUGGGAUGAUUGUGGAGGAGAGUGAGAAUGAGUGGUCUGUCCCUCACUGUUUCACCAUAUAUUCUGCUCAGCGGACCAUUGUAGUGGCAGCCAGCUCCAAAGUAGAGAUGAACAAAUGGAUCGAAGAUCUGAACAUGGCUAUUGAUAUGUCAAAGAAAUGUCAGGAGAAAUCAGACGUUCUGUUGUACCCAAACCUGUGUGAUCGCUCCAACAGAUCAUCAGAUGAGAUGUCUCUGGAGCAGGAGUCAGAGGAUGAUAUGAACUCCUCCCGCUGCUCUCUGGACAAGCAGAGCCACCACAGGGCCAACACCACCAUGCAUGUGUGCUGGCACCGCAACACCAGCGUCUCUAUGUCUGACCACAGCCUAGCCGUAGAGAACCAGCUGUCUGGUUACCUCCUAAGGAAGUUCAAGAACAGCAACGGCUGGCAGAAACUCUGGGUCGUCUUUACCAACUUCUGCCUGUUCUUUUAUAAGACACAUCAGGAUGACUUCCCUCUGGCCAGUCUACCAUUGCUAGGUUAUACAGUCAGCACCCCAGGCGAAUCGGAUAGCAUCCAUAAGGAGUACGUCUUCAAGCUGCAGUUCAAAUCCCAUGUUUACUUCUUCAGGGCAGAGAGCGAGUAUACAUUUGAAAGAUGGAUGGAGGUGAUCAAAAGUGCAGCGAGCUCCACGGGACGCAUGAGUCUUCUCGUACCCAAAGGCCCAACAGAGAUGAACGGGGGGAGCUGAGUGUGUCAGACUGAUGUCCUGGAGCUGAGGGCUGGGCCCACUGUCUGCCAGGACCAAACGCACCAUCAUUUGAUCUUUUCUGAUUCGUGGCUCUAAGAGAAGCAUCAUCAUCAUCAUAAUAACUUGAUUCUUGACUCUGGACAGUUCGCUCUCUGCAUCCCGGGAGUUUGAGCAGCUUAUUGAAACCUUGGAACGAAGGAGCUAGUGGGAAAGUUUCAGCGCUCUAAUUCCAACGUUUCUGUUUGUUUUCCUCUCGUGUUCUCCCUAAUGAAACAUAAAGUGGGCAUCUUGCUCAUCUAGAACCACAUUAGACUGAAUUAAGUUAUGUUUGGUAUUGUUCUUACAAUUAUUAUUGCUGUAUUCAAGUUUUUAAGGUCUUUGCUAAGAUGAAUCUGUCAUGUAUGACGAUAUUUAAUAUCCUUGUCAGAACGGACUCUUGUUAUGCCAGUUAUUCAGUAGAAAUCUUGUCCUACAGGACCAGAAUAAUGAUGUCAAUUAUUUGUCCUGGGACAACAUGACUGAAUACUACUGAGGGGAGUGUUGACAAACAAAGGUUUGUAAGUCUAGCUGGUACAGUAAGUGAGAUGAAGGACUAGUGCUGUAAAAUGUCUCUCACUGAUGUAGGAAUAAUGUAACUUUGGUCCGAGAGCGUGUUUACAGGUAGGUGUAAGCGUUUUCUCCCCUUUGAAGGGAGAGGAUGUCAUUUUGGUACAGGAAGGAAAUCGGAGAGGAAUAGAAAUUAUGUUAUUUUGACGAUGAGGCAGCCGUAUCAUUGAAUCGCGUAUUGGCUUGUCCUCUUCCAGCAUAGGUCAAAAGCAUGUCUUGAAGGUCAUUAUUGUGUGACUGGUACUAUUUAGGGGAUUUUAAGUUCUGAUCCAUUGAUUUUGAUCUCACAGCAUUGAUUUUGUUUAAAUCUGAAAACUAAUCAGAUAUUUAUUUUAAAGUGAAGACUGACCAAAAACAUAUGCUAACCAAACUAAAUGUAAUGUUUUAAAUGAUGUAUUCACAAAUGUCACUAGUUUUGAUUUUUAGAUACUUGAUGGAUAAUACGCUCAGUUCUAAACUGACCCCGAUAAGGGGAAAGAGGGUCAUCCACAGUGUAAUUUUGCACGUUUCUUUCGGUUUCUGCCAUCUACACACAGGGAAGUGGUUCUGGGGAAGUUAGUUUUGUUUAAAACUGAGGUUGAAAAAAGCGCAAGUCAAGAUGUUUUUGGUCAGACUCUAAAUGCUAAAAUUUAAGUUAGUAUCAGCAGCCUAAAACUGCCAGUUCCCUAUUUUAUUAUACUGUAUAUGUGAUUUUUUUCAAGUAUAUUAUUAAUUAAUUUACAAGUUCUUUCCCUGUGAUCCAUUGAUCAACAAGCUUUUUUUUUUUUUUUUUUACUACCAAUAUUUUUUGCGAGGCAUAUCUCACUAUAUAUGUUACGGUCUCGUUUUGUUAGAAGGCCAGUUGAGUUAUUUGUUAUUUUAGUAGCAUGAUUAAGCAGAGUUCCACAGCAUGUGUGACAGUGUUACGUUUACUUAUCGGCUUACACGAAGACAGAUCUGUACGAUAUCUGAUUUGGGAGACUUUUUUUUGCAUCUUUUUGGAUUAUUGAUUGUAUUUAUAAGGCUUUUGACAUUGUCCGUUCAACAUGCUGUACAGGGUCCAACCAAAGACCUAAAAAAUUCUUGCGCAAGCCUGAAAAGGUUGGCCAAAGUUAGUCGGCCACACAGUGUUGCUUUGUGUACUCAACAAUAUACUGUAAGCAGCUAUCAUCUCGACAUGAGCUCAGCUAGUCUGAUGUGUUUCAAAUCCCUCUUAAUUCACUAAUGCACUGUGUGGGCUCAUGAUCUCCACCCAUUUUUGUACAUUUUAUGCAAGGACUGGAAUCAUUUUCUUUCUCAUGUUCUGUGUCUGGCAAUAAGAGCGUUGGAUGAAAGUUUUUUUUCCAUUCUGGAAUGCUAAAGACGAGAAAAGGGAGUUUACUCAAAGUCCUCAGUUUCCCGUCUCAUUCAGAGAGGCACUAAACAGAGUUUUGAUGAAAUGGCUUCUCUCCGACUUUACUAUUUAUUUUGUGUAGCAUGUUGCUGAGGCGUUGCUCCUGUACACACCGCAUGUAGUACGUUCCAUGUUAUGAUAAUGAGGGAUAUCAAAUAAAACUGAACAGUGUAAA